AUGACACGCGUCCUGUCUACAUUUCCCACCAGAACCUCCCUCCUCAGAAUCGCGAAUGCUCGUCAAAGAUGCUAUGCUACUGCAGCCGAGUCGAGUCUACGGACCGCUCUUUUCUUUCCCGGCCAUGGCGUCCAACGCGUGGGCAUGACCAGGGCAUGGCUCGAAGCAUACCCGUCCACCGUCCGCCCAUUUCUCGAAGAGACCGAUGAAAUACUGAGUUACCCGUUGUCAAAGGUCAUUGCCGAUGGCCCAGUCAACAAGCUUAAUGAAACUGAAAAUGCUCAGCCGGGAAUCAUGGCCACUUCGAUCAUGAUAUUGCGCGUGCUGGAAAAGGAGUACGGCCUCAGAACAGACGAGAAGAUUGAUGUCACACUGGGACACAGCUUGGGCGAAUAUGCAGCUUUGGUUGUGGCUGGCUAUUUGGAAUAUCCUUUCGCUCUACGGAUGGUGCGCCGUCGGGCUGAAAUCAUGGCUGAAUGUACUCGGCAGGCAGCACAAGAGUCCGGCAGCACCUACGGCAUGAUGGCACUUGUCUGUGAACCAGAACGCCUGGAAUCUCUCAUUGCAACCAUUCACCAGUUUCUCCAACCUGGGGCGGGCUCGAAAGUUGACUCACACGAGGUGCCAGCAAUUGAUCAGGUGCUCAUUGCAAACAUCAACUCGAAGAAUCAAAUUGUGCUUAGCGGCAGCUUCGAACGUAUCAAGCAACUACUUGUCCAGAUCCGGGAAUUUGGUGGUCAUGAUCCUCGUGCCGUCGAGAUUAAGAGCAACAGUCCUUUCCACAGCCCUAUCAUGAUCCCCGCUAUGGCGUACAUGAGAAAGAUUUUACGUGAUGGUCCGGUCAAGUUCCCAGCAAACAUGCCAUGUAUAUCAAAUGUAUCUGGUCUACCUUUCAGGUCCAAGGACGAUCUCAAGGAUCUGCUCUCUCGACAAGCGGUAGAGACAGUCAGAUGGUGGGACAGCAUCAAAUACCUAGAUCAAACUGCGAAAGUUAAACGUUGGCUCGGUGUUGGACCCGGCAAGGUCGGCAGAAAUCUUGUGGGCAAGGAGGUUGGCCGUAGCUUCGCCAAGGGAGGUGGUGUGUGGGCUAUUUCCGAUCCUCGAGAAGUGGAACCAACUCUCCGUGCUUUGGAAGAAACCGAGGCGGAAGAUAUCUCAUCAUUCUGA